UUUGUGUUUAAGUUUUAGUAUACAAGCUAAGGUUAGCCACUGUUUUCUGUUCGUUAAAACUGGGGUAUUUAUAAUUUGCGAGUGGCAACACGCAAUACCUUCGUCAGCGCCAGCGGGCGGGCGUGAGUGUCGCGACCGAGGGAACGUUUAUUUGUGUAGUCGCUAGUCAGCUACUAACUUCAGUGCGGUGCGCUUGAGCGCAGGCGGAUUUGUGGAGGCAUUGUGCAAUAAUAAAACGUAUAACGCCAUGUUUCGUUACUCAAUUGUGUUUCUGUGCGCGAUAUUAGUGCUAACUAAUGUAGAUUUUAUACAAGCUGGAAGAUUCGGUGGCGGUGGCGGUAGCAGAUCGGGCGGAUACGGAGGCGGCGGAAGACAUUCCUAUCCUAGCUCUGGUGGUCUCUCUGGUGGUGGGAGUCGUCAUAGCUAUCCAUCUUCAGGUGGAUUAAGUGGUGGUGGUAGUCAUAGCUAUCCGAGCGGCGGAGGAAGUCACAGUUAUCCAAACAGUGGUGGAAGUCACACUUACCCCAAUAGCGGUGGAAGUCAUACCUACCCCAAUAGCGGAGGACAUAAAUACCCACCAUCAUCGGGUAACUCAGGAACUCACACUUAUCCUAAUUCUGGUUCAGGCCUAUCUGGCUCGAAUAACCAUGGAUACAAUAACAGAGGUGGCUCGAGCGGUGGCACUACAAACAUCCAUCACCACUACCAUUACAAUCCUCCUCAGCAAAUACACUAUGCUUCGCCUCAUGGCGGUCCAGCGAUGAGCUAUCCCGUGUAUCGCGGAACUCCCCCUACCUACGUGUACCAGUACAAAGAUUCCGGAAGCAAAUACAGUUCUUUGUUGGCUGGACUGGCAUUGUUCAACCUUGGAGCUCUCGCUGGCGGUGUUGCCGGCUACGGCAUAGGACAUCAUUCAUCCUCAAACAACAACAACUACCAAAGUUACAAAACACAACCCGGCGAAGUAUGCUUAUUCGGCAUCAAGAAAGACAACGGAGACUUCGAAGAAACCAGAAUAGACUGUCAGCUGAUAAGCAGCUUUAUUUACGCCGAACAGGCUAAACAACAACAACCACAGAAUUCGCAGAACCAAACCACGGUGACAACUACCGUAACGAAUACGACCAUCGUUAAUAUGACCAACCCUCAAGAUACGCCCUCUUACGUAUUGUCGCCAAACGGUACUCUGGUGACGCCUGGAGCGGUACCAGAUGCUGGCAACGUGACUAAUGGGGCUCCUGCUAACGGUGGAACUGUGACGUCAUCCGUGUCCGUCACGACCACCAACACGACGGUCGUCAACGCUGUGGACGUCAAGGGAGCGCCGAUUCAAGUCACACCCGGAAUGCAGUGUUACGUUAUGAGGAGAACACCUAGUUCUAGAAUGAAACAUGAAGUGCCAUGUGGCCUUCUACAGACUUACGCAGAUAAAUCUAUAAAACGGAAUUCAGCUGCUCGAAAUGUACCAGCAUUUACAAUUUUAGCUGUAAUCUGUGCUGUGUUUGUUGCAUAUUAAUUUUAACGAUCUGAUAUUAUUUUGAAUUUAUUUCUUUCUAUUUGAUAUAUCUUAUACAAGUGCGCAAUGCCAAACAAAUAAAAAACUUAAGACUUUGUACUUCAAACCAAUUUGAUCUCCUCCUAAGUAUGUAGGUAGGUACCUAUUUAAAGUUUGUAAUACAAUGUUGAUAAACGUUUUAGUACUUACUUUAUUGAAUAUACCUAUCAUUUAACACAAUAAAGUGACAUGACGUACAUACACAAUAUUCUCACUAUGACAGAAUAAUGAAGGAGUAUUAUAGUUCGUUUUAUUAACAUUAGAAAGAAGGUAAGCGAUCUUGACGUGUCUUUUUAUUGAAGUAAGUAACUCUUUUGAAAAAUAAGUCACAGCAAAUAUGUAACAAUUAUAAAUCAUAUAAGAUUAUAUAGAUUCUUUUGUUUUCAUAAGUAAUAUAAACUAAUUUAAAAAAAAUUCAAUAACACGUCAAGAUUGUUUACCUUUUAUCUACUUAAUGCAAAACACGAACUAUAAGAUGUUUUAAAAGCGGUUUCUUAGUUUGUCUACUUAUAUCUGCGCUUAUUGCGCCCACUGCGUUUAUUAUUUUGUUAUAAUUUAAGGCGACAUAGACAAAAGGGUUUUGAAUUGGUCAUAAUUUAAUGUUUCUUUUUUUCUUCAAUUGAUUUGGUCAAUAGAGCUAUGUUAGAUAAUAUGUUCAUGUUCAGUCAACCGUGAUUUAAUACUAACUAAUGUGUUAUGUUUGACUAUUGAUCGUGUCAUUCACGAAGACGCGUGCCUUGACUAGUAUUGUCAUGUUAUUAAAGGUUAGAUUUGACAAAUUUGCGCGUCAUUGUGGAUGACACGAACUGUCCAAGUAAAUCAGAAGGCAUUGUGGUGACAGGUACUUAAAUCUUUAGUAACAUUUUUCCAAUAAAUUUGCAACUGUGUGGGAUAAGGACAUAUUGUUAGUAAAGUCUUUUGUAUUAUUAUUUUAAAGACCAAAGCUCAACCACUGUGUACCAACUUUUUUUAUUAACAUCAGAAAGUAUUUAGAGUGGAUUCGAUUACAAUUAAACUGAAUAUGAUUAAUCACCGAGUAAAUAUUAUUACGUGUAUAACUUCUAUUAAAGUAAGUAGAAAUAAGACUAAUUGUUGUGAUAAUGUCCUCGUCUGGUCUCUAGUAUCAUGGGAGUCCUAACUAAUGUAAUUGUCUUCAACGCAGACGUACCUUUUAUCGAUUUUCUCUACACACCUUUGUGUUUUAUAACUUUUUAUGAAGUUUCAGCACGAAAUGUUAACCUUUUAAUUUGACCGAGUUAGCACUUUACUAGUACUUUACAUACCGAGGGCCUACCGCGAACCACGUUCGACGUUUUGCCUCCCUGUCACACUUAUGUACGAAUUUACAAGUGCGACGUAGAGAGAACACGUAGAACUUGGUUCGCGGUAGGCCCCCAGUACUCGGCGAAAAAUAUUGUACGAGAGAGAAAGAGACAAUGCUAUACGAAGUCGAAAUUCCGAUGUGCAAUAUUUAUCGCUAGGUACGUACUAUUGUCACGUCGGCACAAAACUCAAUUUAUUAUGCGAAAAUGUAUGCUCUCGUUUGUGUGAUCUCAUUGAAACAUCCGUUCAAAUGUAAUGAAUAAUGACAUGUGAUUACGAUGGGACCCAGAAAUUUUGUAUUUUGUUCAAUAAAGGUGCCUUUUACCGUUA